UGCGAAAAUUUCGUUCUAGUUAGGGUUCAAAUCUAAAAUGGAAGCCGAUGCGCACUCUCAAACCAUAAGGCUUAUUAACAAAGGCGUGGUUCACAGGAUAUGUGCUGGGCAAGUCAUAUUGGACCUCUCGUCUGCCGUGAAGGAGUUGGUGGAGAACAGCUUGGAUGCUGGCGCUACCAGCAUUGAAAUUGCUUUGAAGGAGUACGGCCAGGAGUCGUUUCAGGUCAUCGAUAAUGGUUGCGGCAUUUCGCCAAGUAACUUCAAGGUUCUUGCACUUAAGCACCAUACUUCUAAACUGUCAGAUUUUCAUGACCUUCAGUCUUUGACAACAUUUGGUUUUAGAGGGGAGGCAUUAAGUUCUCUUUGUGCAUUAGGGCAUCUGACUGUUGAAACAAGAACUAAAAACGAGUCAGUUGCGACACACUUGACAUUUGAUCAUUCAGGUUUACUAACGGCUGAAAAGAAAACUGCACGUCAAAUUGGUACCACUGUCACUGUUAGGAAGUUGUUCUCGAAUUUACCAGUACGAAGCAAAGAGUUCAGUCGCAACAUCCGGAAAGAAUAUGGGAAGCUAAUCUCUUUAUUAAAUAAUGCUUCAUCCUCUUUCAAUGCAGUUGAAGAAGUUGUUGUGGUAAAUAGGAAUCCAAAUAGUCAUUCAAACCGUGUUCAGUCAUCAAUUGAAAAAUUUGUAACUGUAAAUAAAAGGAAGCUUGAAAAUGUUGUUACAAUUUUAUCAGAGUUACCUGUCUUGAGAAAUCAAAGUCCACUAGGUCAACUGAAUAAACAAAAUUCUGAAACACCUGUUGUGGCUACAAGAUUGCCAGUUAAACAUCACAGGCUUGAUGAUUCAAUAAAUGAGCACUCAAAGUUUCUACAAACAAACAAGAUGUCCAAUGAAAUCGGAAAUCAAGUUUCUAUUGGAGGCACUAUCAAUAGUGGAAAUCCUGAAAUGGAGGUUGAGGAACAAGGGAAAGGGUCUCCUAAAGCCAAUCUGGCUUCAAUUACUUCAUCGAGCAAGGAUCCUAAUGAUAUGUCAGAAGAUCAUGCAUCCGAAGCUCCACUAUCACAACCUUCUGGUUCACUGUUGGAUUCACCAGCUCCUUCCUCUGGUCUGAAGAUCUGUUCGACUUUGCAGUUUAGUUUUCAAGACCUACGAGCGAGGAGGCAACAGAGACUAGCAAGAUUGCAAUCCAUUAGUCCAAAAUUUGGGGCCAUGAAUACCAAAAGAUCUUUGAACUUAUUUGUUGCUGCAACUCUGGAGCUUUCUCAACCAGAAAAUGAGGAACGGAAAGCAAGGGCUUUAGCUGCAGCUACAACCGAGUUGGAAAGGCUUUUCAGAAAGGAGGACUUCUGCAGAAUGAAGGUGAUUGGGCAAUUUAAUCUUGGAUUCAUCGUAGGAAAGUUGGAUGAAGAUCUGUUUAUCGUGGAUCAGCAUGCUGCUGAUGAGAAAUACAAUUUUGAGCGUUUGGCACAAACAACUGUCUUCAAUCAACAACCUCUACUUCGGCCGUUGAGGUUGGAAUUGUCUCCUGAAGAAGAAGUGGUUGCUUCGAUUCAUAUGGACAUAAUCAGAAGAAACGGAUUUGCUCUUGAAGAAGACCCAAAUGCUCCACCAGGGUGCCACUUUAAAUUAACAGCAAUUCCCUUCAGCAAAAACAUUACUUUUGGAGUAGAAGUGAUUGUGCAAGAUGUUAAAGACCUGAUUUCUACUCUUGCUGAUAAUCAAGGAGAAUGUUCAAUAAUAAGCAGUUACAAAACGGAUACUGCUGAUUCUGUUUGCCCAUCCAGAGUUCGUGCAAUGUUGGCGUCUCGCGCCUGUAGGUCCUCUGUUAUGAUUGGUGACCCGCUUGGGAGAAAUGAGAUGCAAAAGAUACUUGAGCAUUUGGCAGACCUCAAGUCUCCUUGGAAUUGCCCGCAUGGCAGGCCAACCAUGAGGCAUCUGGUUGACCUGACCACCAUACGCAAAAGGUUUGAUGAAAAUGAUGAAAGCUUAGGCAGCCAGAUUUUGCUGUAACUUAUUUUGUACGUGAAAGGCUCUCGCUCCCCAGUUAUCUUUACGAAACUUAUUAGCUCCAUCCAGUGCUGAGUUACUUCGUAGUCUCGUCUUAACGUAAUUUUUUGACAUUUCAUAGUACGGUAACUUUGAAUGAUAAUCAUUCGGUAUUGUGUAGCGAUCAAAUAAUUAUACAAAAUAUUGGGUGAUUAUCGAACAAAAUUUACCGAAUUACUAUAAAAUAUUAUAAAAUUACCGAGGAGAGACUAAAAUUUUUUGUGAUGAAAAGCACUGUUUGUACAUAUAUCUGGGGGGUCUCAUCUAAGAACUCUUUUUGGAAUCUAAACUCUUAUAUUUUUUGGUUAGGAACUUGUAAGGGCUUACCAUUGUACAUGACCUAAUUGAGGUAUUACAACUUUAUAAUGACCUAAUUUAAAUA